AUGGCAUCUCAAGAAUUUGAGAAAAAUACAAUAAAGCAGGCAUUCGUACAAGUUUAUUGCUCAAAGUGUGGUUUGCCACCUGACUAUUGUGAAUAUGGUCCUACCCCAGAAAUUUGCCUAGAAUUAAAGAAAUCUAAUGUUAAUGUUAAUAAAACAUCUGAUAUAAAUAAAAAUAUUAUUGAUUCCUUAGAAACUGAAGGAAAUCAACAAAUACAUGAUAAACAAUCAAAAGAUAUUUGUGAAACAAAUCAAAAUGAAACAGUUAAUUUGAAGUUAUAUAAAGUUAAGAAAUCAAAACCAAAGAUAGUUACUGUAAAGGUCGAGAGCAGAGCUAGAAGGAAGAGUGUAACUGUAGUUACUGGUUUAGAAUUAUUUGAUAUAUCAUUAUCUGAGGCUGCAAAGAAAUUUGCAAAACACUUUUCAUGUGGAUCUUCUGUUGUUAAAGGUAUUAAUGGAAAGGUAGAUCAUAUAGAUGUACAAGGAGACUUCUAUACUACAAUUGCAGAUUUUAUCCUUAAAACUUAUCCUCAAAUUGAAACAAAUAAUAUAAUUAUUCAAUCUUAA